GUCAGUGUCAAUCACUAAUUUAUAUCCGGAAUACAUAAACUUUCGUCACAGAGUUGUAGUAGGUAAUUUGUAACCCAAAUUGUUUUGAGGGCGUAAAUUAUAUUUACCCGUACAUUUACACCCAAUAAGUGCAAAGAAACAAGAAAAUGGCAAAUCUAAAAUCAGAUUUAGAUCAAUAUUUGCUUCAAAACGAAAGUCGUCGGAGUUAUAAAUUUAGUUUACCAAGUUUUUCAACGCCUGCCUUCCUGUCUCGUAACACUGAGGAGACUCCGACGAGCACAACGAGCAGUUGGUUCGAAGAAGUACAGAAAGAGUAUUUCACUUUGAGCAGAACACAACGAUUCUUAGGAUUUGGAAUAUGUCUAUUUCUAGGAAUCCUAUGUUUCAUACUAUCAUUUAUCUACAUACCAGUUCUUCUAUUACAAGCUAGGAAAUUUGCUCUACUGUUCACAUUGGGAAGUUUAUUCUUUAUACUUAGUUUCAGCUUUCUCUACGGACCAUGGGCACAUUUGAAGUCAAUGUUCUCAAAGGAAAGAGCUCUUACAACAUCAAUUUACAGUAUAACUUUGAUAGCGACAUUAUACUGUGCCUUACAUCUUCAAAGUACACCGUGGACCAUAGUAUGUGCUGUCUUACAAGUCAUGGCAUUGUUCUGGAUGAUGAUGGGGUCUAUACCAGGAGGAUCAUCGGGCAUGAGGUUCUUUGGAAGCAUGUUCAAAUCAUCAGUUUCAAACACAUUGCCGAUUUAACACGAAAAUAUUGUGUUCUAUAUGUUUGAAAGGAUUUUUUGUCGUCUGUGGUUAAAACUGUGACUGAUGUGUGAAAUUAGUUAUAUUUUCUUACCAUCCAAUAAAAUUAUUUUAAGAUAGUGAAAUUAAUUAAAUUUUAUAAAUUUUAGCAUUUAGAUACUUUUGGUGAUACUGCAUUUCUGUACUAUAAAUGUUAAUAAUAUAAACCUUGAAAUUAACAUUACAUGAUUCUAAAUAAAGUGUUGUAAUCACUUUUUUUUCAUAUUUUUUAUUUUUUAUAAAUAUUCCAUAGAAUUCUGAACAGUUUUAAUGCAAGCACUCAUACUGAACAUGGAAUAGACUAAAACAAUUAAAUGACUAUAUAUAUCUUGUGACUAUCAGGAUGUCAAAUGUUGACUCAAAAUGUAUAUCUUUGUUAGUGAUAAAGCAGCAUUUUGGGAUCGGCACAGUGUCAACUAUGUUCAUAGUACUCACGAUGGUUAUCUGUCGGUAGCGAUAGGCGGCACCGAAUAUUAGCUGCCCUUAAUAUUUUUUGGGUCUUAUAAUAAAAAAUUCUGUGGGUGAGCGAUCGCCAAACUGCUAUUCAAAGCUGUACACGAUCAGUUCAGAAAUGAAGAGAUCCGUAGAACUAGCAGUACCGUAGCCGUAAAGAAAUACAAUAUCAGUUUGGGAGAAAAAACACCGUGGAUCUCUUCCCUGGCAGAUAAACAUAAACCUUGCAAGAUUGUAGAGGCUGUAUGCGGCAAAUAGCUAUAUUUAUAAAUAAUCUAUAAAUAUAGUAAAGCAAGCACAAAGUUAUACAUAAUUCAAUUCUUGCCAUCAAUGCAGAUGACGCCAAAAUGAGGUUUAUCCGCACGAAACACGAUUUAGACACUGUUAUUAACUCGUUGCCAAAAGUACCUACGUACGUGACUUCUGGUAAUUGGUAGCAGCUAUUUUCGGUUUAAAUGUUAUGCAGUAUCACUGACCUCGCCGUAAUAUAAUAUAAUAUAAUAAACGGGAAUAUAACUAGCUCAUUAAAACCACAUCCGUAAUCUCACUUAAUUCAUUCAUUUUGCUAAAUCUUGCAUAUCCUUCUUCUUCCUAGCGUUUACAUGGUCCAGUGUCGGGGUCCGCUUUCCAACUUAAACUUCUUACAUAUCCAAUAAACUUUAAUUAGUUUUUAGUUUUAUGAAUUUUAAUUUGAUUAGUUUUAAUGCGUUUCUACGACUUGCCAGUACUAAAAUUAACUUAAUAUCUAUUUAUUUAUCUGACGCACUUUCUAAGAUUCUAGAAUAACUGCAGCAAGUCUAAUAAGGUCAUUCAAAAUGAUGGUUUUUUCAACACUGAUUACCUAUCCCUUGUAAUAAUUGACCAAUAUUAUUUUUGUACCUAUUCUUAGUACGAUAAUUAGUUAUUAAGGUACUUACGUAUUAACGCCACCGCGGCAAAAAUUGUUAAACUUUCCCUAAGGUCCGUCGAUUUUUGGGGGGAGGGAGGGGGUCUAAGCGUUUACCCCUGCACCAUUCCCACCCCGCGGAACCCCAUGGUUAUGAAGAUAUCCACGGUUAUUUUUUUUUAUUAAAAUUGCAUUAUUUAGUCAAACUCGAAGGAAGCUUAAGUUUGAAUCCGCCUUAUCUCCGGCGCUGCGGGAAGAGCAGCCCUUCCGCCCUUGCGUGCCGAAGCACGGUCACUCGUGCUCCGUCACAGCGGGCGAGGACUGCUCUCCCUCCGCGCCUCCGGUUUUUUAUAUACACUCUAGGGGUAGAGCAGACAAGACCAGGUGGAAAGUGGGGUGAUCUGAUUCGCUUUUCCAUAUUUUUCGAGUUGUCCACACUUGCUAACCAUUAAAUUUUUGCCGCGGUGGCAUUAAUACGUAAGUACUUACCGUUAUUAAUAUCAUAAAUAUGCACAAAGGGUGUUAUACAUUUUCAGGGAGUUGCGUUGUGUUAUCCUACAUAGUACCUGUUAUCGCAGAAAUAAAAGUUAUUUUAAUUUAAUACCUACCUAAAUACAAUAUGUACAGACAAUAGUGUACUUGUUCAAAUAACUUUUUGAACUAAACUUAAUGAACAAGAAGUUCACCUUCUUAUUCUUUAAAUUGGGUCAAUAACAAUAUAAGAAAAAUAAAUUCAUAAUAAGUAUAAAUCCCUUAUUUAUUUAAAAUUAUCUCACUGCUUAAUAUUAUUCUGAACGUUUCACCAGAAAUAAAAUUACAAUUUAUAGAUACUAUGUACAGUAAUGGCUAUAUGUAUAUUUUAAAUUAUAAAGGAAUUUCAAUUCCUGAUAUGAGCAUCUGCGAAGUAAAAAAACGCACAACAUGGUUUAUUAAAAAAUCAGGGUAAAUCACAUUUGACUGUGAAAGAAAAAGCAAUAUUAGUUAAAAAGUUGUCACUUUUCCUAUAAUAUUAUAAAAUUAGAAUCAGUCGUUAUGUAAUUAACAGUGUUGUACUGCUAAAAGGAGUUUAUUUAUUAAAUUUUAAAAAGAAA